UUGAGACGUUUCAAGGGGCAUACAGGCAACGUCACAAGCAUUGCAUGGUCUCCCACCUCGGAUAGGAUUGCCUCAGCGUCUGAGGACAAGACAGUGAGGAUAUGGGAGGUAAGCAGUGGGAAGGAAAUCAAGAUUUGUCGAGGACAUCAAGACAAAAUUACAAGCCUGGCAUGGUCGCCCGAUGGGACAAUGAUUGCCACGGGUUCUAUGGAUUAUACAGUGAGGAUAUGGAGGGAGGACGAUGAGAAUGAGAUCAAAUGCUUUCGAGCAGAUGAAGCAGGACAUGCUGGAAGCGUCAUGACCGUAGCAUGGUCUCCUUGUGGAAGCCUCAUUGCCUCGGGCUCGGAAGACAAGAUCAUCAGCUUGUGGAAUAGCAAAAGCAGCGACAAAGUCAGAGACUUGGUGGGACAUGAGGAGACGAUCACGAGUCUCUCUUGGUCUCCUGAUGGGGCAAAGCUUGCGUCAGGGUCCUGGGACACGACUCUCAGGAUUUGGAAGGUCAGCACCGGCAGGAAGGAAAGGUGCUUCAAAGGUCAUGCGCAUCGCGUGUCGAGUGUCGCUUGGUCUCCGGAUGGGAAGACCAUCGCCACAGCUUCAUGGGACAAGACUGUGAGGAUCUGGGAGGUCAGCAGCGGAAAGUCUAGCCAACACUGUUGCAGUAAAACUGCUGCCUUGACAAGCGUCGCUUGGUCACCAGACGGGAAGAUGAUUGUAACUUUGUCUGGUGAAGGAAUUGUGGCUGUGUGGAAGGUA